AUGGUCGAGAAGUCGACUCCAAGACGAGGCGGAGGCGCGGGCGCGGCUGCUUCCGAGUCCGCACACGAUCGGAUCUACGCGCAUGUGGCUUUGAGCAUCCUACCAACAUAUGCCUCAUCAUCAGCAUCUCGCCUGAAGACGUUAUACUCCGACUUCUCCCGCCAGAAACAAUCAAAUCCCACGUCUUAUGCCUCAAAUAUCGAGUGGUGGCGGCGAACGCUAGAGGUCAUCGUGCUGAAGGGUUGGCUGGCAGAGUCGGACUCCAAGUCCACGCACCCCGACCGACUCGUCCUACGUGCUAGCGGGUCUACGUUAGCGGAUAACUUUCGGUAUGAGGGUGUUGGAAAGCCUUUGGGUCUGCCUACAGUCGUAGCCGAGCUCUGCACGAGUAGAACGUACUUUCCUCUUUCCGACUUCCUCAAUUCGACGAAAUCUAUCUAUGACCCUGGCUGGCUGCCAUACCGCAUAGCCUCCUACGUCGUGGGCAAGCCGCUAUGUUCCGACGAUGGUGCACUCGGCAACAUCAGCUAUAGCGAGCAGUGGAAGAGAGUGAAAGGCGACUACGUCUUGCUGAGCUUACUCGAGAGGGCCGCCGACAACGUUCUACUCAGGCAGCGAAGCAAGGAGCUGGAUAUCCGUGUUCUGCUGAGGUACCUUGAGCGUGACAAGAAAAGUCUAGUCACGCAAGGAGGGGUCAUCAAGUUCAUCGAGCCCGACUUAGCUGAGCAAGCUGAGAUCACCGCCGUCGAUGCUGGUGUGCUGGAACUGAAGGCCGCGGUAGACAAACUGCAGGCUCAGGUCGAUAGCAUACAGUCGAAGAUCAGCCAGUUGAGUCUUCAGCUUCAAACCUCUCCCUGUUUCUGACGUCGGUGCCUGCGUCUCAGACGGGCAGAGCAGAUCACGACAG